AUGAAGUUCCCUUCCAGCACUCUCGUCGUCCUUCCCGCCCUCCUGUCAGCCUUUGUCGCCGCGGUCCCAUCUCCUGCCGCCUUCGACCAGCGCCCCUUUCAGAACACUCAUUCAGAUCGCCUGCAGCCGUCGCCAUGGUACAACGUUCCCGGUCGUCUGGUGGAAUGGUUUCGGGGAAGGCAUAAACCAUGCCAUGCCUCAUCAAACAAGGCCGAGUCACUACCACCGGCCCACACUUUCACUAGAUAUACAGGUGAUCUGGUACUGCGAUUCAACAUCAGUACGCAAGAUGAGGCAGCCAGCUUGGCCGAGGCGGCGGACACAUUAUUGUUGGACGUAUGGGAAUUUGCGCAGAAUUGGGUGGACAUCCGGUUGUCGAAAGAGAGCGUCCCUUUACUGCUAGGCCUUCUCCCGUCAAGCCUUCAGAAUUCACAUACACCGCUCCUGCGAGAGAAAGCUCUCGCGCAAGCCAUAUUCGAUAACUACCAGAAGCACAAUGCUCCCUCCCUCACCACUUCGCCCUCUCAUCUGCCCACCCGGAGACCCUUCAGUCCACAUCUCGAGCAGGCAACAGGUGCAGAAUCCAAUCUCUUCUUCGCCGACUAUCAACCUUUCACCGUGAUUGAACCAUGGCUCCGCCUACUGGCGUCUCUCUUCACCACCCAUGUACGGCAUAUCAACAUCGGCCUGACCUACGAAGGGCGUAACAUCCCAGCCCUCCGUGUAGGAGCCCACCCAACCAACCGCGAAGACCCCAAUCCUCCCAAGCGCAAGACAAUCCUCGUAAUGGGCGGCCUGCAUGCUCGCGAAUGGAUCAGCACAACCACCGUCAACUACAUAGCCUACUCCCUCAUCACAGGUUACGGCAAAAACCAACUCAUUACACGUCUGCUCGAAUCCUUCGACUUCGUCUUCAUUCCUACCUUGAACCCAGACGGCUACAUCUACACCUGGGAGACCGACCGUCUCUGGCGCAAGAACCGCCAGCAGACCGGCAUCCGCUUCUGCCAGGGCAUCGAUCUCGACCGCUCUUUCGGUUUCGAAUGGUCCACAACCGACAACCCUUGCUCCGAAUCCUUCUCCGGCGAUACACCCUUCGACGCAGUAGAAUCCAGACGUCUCUCCGAAUGGGCCAAGGCCGAGACAGAAAACAACAACGUCGACUUUGUCGGCUUUCUCGAUCUCCACUCGUAUUCCCAGGAAAUCUUGUACCCUUACAGCUACUCCUGCACCGAUACGCCUCCCGGCCUGGAAAAUCUGGAAGAACUCGCCUUCGGAAUGGGAAAGGCUAUCCGGAUCACCCAGGGCCACGGCUACGAGAUCAUGCCGGCCUGCGAAGGUAAUGUAGCAGCUUCUUCCAGCAGCAAAGGGGCUAGACAACACUUGCUACCACGAAUGGAACUGUCGGGUGGAUCCGCUCUCGAUUACUUCUACGGCAACAUGUCCGUCCGUUACGCUUAUCAGAUCAAACUACGCGAUCGCGGGACUUAUGGUUUCUUGUUGCCCAAAGAUCACAUCAUCCCCACGGGCAAGGAAAUCCUGAACGCCGUCUUGUAUUUCGGCGGCUUUUUGGGAGAAAUCUACGAUACAGACGCUUUCAAAGAGGUCACAUUGACGAAACCGGCUGAGAUGGAAACUUUGGAAAGCGAGGACGUUCAGAAAGAUGAUCUUACUGCUGCUGUAGCAGAAGAUGUGGAGGAGAUGAUGAUUGUGGAGGAUGAGGAGCGGGCGAUUGUGGUCGAAGAUCUACUAGAUCCCGCAGAGGUGAAUUGGGAGCUUAAGCGGCGGCGAAGGCGAUAA